CUAAGCCCCGCCCGCCGUGGCGAGCAUGUUCGUGCAUCCACACGGGAUCAUCCGCGGAAAAGGAAGAUAAUCACAGGCUGUCAGAAAAGUUUUCCUGCCGGGAAAGGAUCGGGCUCGAUCGGGCAGAGGACCGCCGGAGGAUCGCGCUCUAAGGAUUGUUAAUUAUCACAAUAAACUGUAUUCAUCAUGGACGCGCUUAAAUCCGCCGGGCGCGCGAUCAUUCGCAGUCCCAGUCUGGCUAAACAGUCGUGGACCUCUGGAAAACAUAAAAAGCUGCCAGAGAACUGGACAGACACGCGGGAGACGCUGCUGGAGGGGAUGGUCUUCCAGCUGAAGUAUCUGGGCGUGACGCUGGUGGAGGAACCCAAAGGAGAAGAGCUCUCAGCCGCUGCUGUCAAGAGAAUCGUUGCCACAGCUAAAGCUGGUGGGAAGAAGCUUCAGAAGGUGAUGCUGAAGGUUUCUCCUCGAGGGAUUAUUCUCUAUGACAGUGUAUCAAACCAGCUAAUAGAGAAUGUGUCCAUAUACAGGAUAUCAUACUGCACGGCUGAUAAGAUGCAUGAUAAAGUGUUCGCCUACAUCGCUCAGAGUCAGCGCAACGAAACGCUGGAGUGUCACGCGUACCUCUGCACAAAGAGGAAAGUGGCUCAGGCGGUGACGUUAACCGUGGCUCAGGCUUUCCGUGUGGCGUUUGAGUUUUGGCAGGCUGCUAAAGAAGAGAAAGAGAAGCAGGUGAAGUGUGGAUCUGAUGGAGAGGCGGCCAGCAGCUCUCAGUCGGAGAGUUCAGUCAGUCUGGGCAGCACCAAAGGAGGAGAGGUGGCCACUGGGGAUCUACUGGACCUUGAAAUUGGAGUAAAGGAUCACUCAGGAAAAGACGCCACACACCCGGCACAGAACCUCAGCACAGAGAACAACAACACUGUCUGGGAACUUGAGGAUGGUCUAGAUGAGGCUUUCUCAAGACUCGCUGAGUCUCGCACUAACCCCCAGAUGCUGGACAUUGGGGUAAACCCUCAGGACUACAACCCUGAAGAGUGCCUGUCGCCUAGCAACUGGGACAGAGGCGAUGCUGAGGCUGCUGAUGCGGAGGACGCGUUCGGAUUCUGAUCGGAGGACCGCGGAGGAACCACACUAAAGCGAUGGAGCUCGUCUCAGCGGCGCCCUCUGGCGGCCUCAGAGCACACCGCGGCCGGCUUUGAGUUGACAUGAGGGUCGGCAAACCCAACGAGAUGACUUCAACAAAAUCACAGACCAAAGCAAUAACACCCCACCCCUCUCCCCAAAUUAUGUUUAAGUAUAUUGAGAUUUUAAGAUUUCUGUUAGUAUACUUCCCAUACCCCCCCCCCCCCUUUUUGUUGUAUGAAUAUGAAAUGUAUGUGCACAACAAUAACAAUAACUAAUAUUUGCUGAUUUGUUAUUAUUAUUAUUAUUAUUAUUAAUGGGUUUAAUUGCUGAGGCUAGCUUUGCAAUUCUAUGCAGUCGAAUUUCUGAAUAUAUAGUGUGAUUUAUUUUAGAUUUCGGGGCAAUGCUUACUAAAUUACAUGAUGUUUGACGUUUGUGUGGAGUUGGAUUGUGAUUUUUUUAAGUGGUGAAGGUGUCGUAUAUGUGAGUCGUCUGCCCUCCGAUGUGUGCAAAUGAAUGAUAAGCAGACACAAAGCAUGGACAAAAAAAUUUAUAAAAAAAAAAAAAGAAAAGAAAAGAGUAGGCAGGGUAUUUAAACGAGACAAUCUUUUUUUUUUCUAUCAAAAUGUAUUUUUACACUUCUAUCUUCUUUAACUUCCUCAACUUAUUGUUCAUUCUUCAUCAGGUUACUAUACUCAUCCAGUAAAGCACUAUGGAUUUCACAGUACCAGAUGGUAUUAGGGACUUCAUAGUAUCAUGGUACUACUAUAUGUGAGUGUUUAAAAAUCAAAAACAUUGUAUUACCAUGGAUGUCCAUGGUAUGUUUUUAUAGAAAUUCCAAUAUAUAUUUUUUUUGCAAUAUUACAUGUAUUCCUUUGCCCAAAAAUAUGUCAAAAAAUGUUCAUGUAUAUAUAUAUGAUCAUAAUAAUUGAGCAAAGAACUGACUGUUGUUUUAAUUGAACUUAAUGCAGACAGUUAUUUUGUAGUUUACUGAUGCUCUGUAUUCAGGUCUCAUUACACUUCAUGAGUAGAAUUUAUAACACCUCAGUGUUAGUUUCAGUUUGCAUUAUUCAUUUCAUGUUCAUAAAGUAAAACUGUCAUGAAAAUGC